AUGACAGCUUAUUCCGACAUAGUCACUACGCAUGGCUCUGUCUGUCAGCCUAACUCGAUCAAGAAUUGGAUGAGGGAUAUCGACUCGGCAAUGCGCAGCAUAGAAAGUUCAUCGCCCAAGCAGACGAAAACGCAUGAGUCCACAGAUAAGGCUCCACCGAAAGACAGUGAGUUCGAUGGUUUGUUGCGCAGGUACCAAGCGCUGCAGAAUGACAUAGAAGCUGUUGAGAACGAGAUCGUGAAAGUCUAUUAUGAACGUCUUCAUGAUGAGUCUGCUGCUCACCUUACCUCGUCGCAAUCACACAGCAGCUCUUCAACAGGCCAGAGUAGCCCUGGUUGUGGUUUGAUUGAUGCUAUUCAAGACCCACGACACAAGGACUCUCAGCUAACCAUAAAUUCACUCGUGGACUUACACUUUGGUGAGCCAGAUGAACCUUCAAAGGCGAGUAGGGAUUCCAGUAAGCGCAGAAAGCACCGAAAGCCCUUGAGUGAAGAGGAGAAAGGUCGCAACAUCAAUAAGGUAUUCAUGCGACAGAAUGGAUUCUGA